UCUCUUAAAAUACGACGCACACUUCCGUUCGAUUUAUAUUCAAUUUUGCAUGAAGGACGUUUCAUUCGUAGUUCAAAAGAUUCUUAUCCAGGAGAAACAGCAUAUUUGUAUAACGCGUGUAAAUUAUGCUGAUCGUAAAUCAGUGUACAUUUUCUUUUCGAAUCGCGAUCGGCAAUCGCUUUCUCUCGACACAGUUUCCUGUGCGUUACGUUCUUCGUGGUAAUCUCGGUGCAGGUGCUACCUCACGCACAUUUAAGUAAAUUGUCACGAGCCAAAUGCCAGAAAAGGCAAUGUUUACUAAGAAGAAAAAGAAACCACAAAUAUCAACCCCAACAAAUUUUGAACAUCGUGUACAUACAGGAUUUGACAAACGAGAAGGAAAAUUCAUUGGCUUACCGCUACAAUGGGCUUCUAUAGUGGGAAACAAUCAAAUUUUGAAGUCUACAAACAGACCAUUACCUCUUGUAGAUCCAAGCGAAAUUACACCUACAGAGAUUCUAGACUUGAAAACUAUUGUUCGAGGUCAUAAUGAUCCUAAAGGAAGGACCCCUAUCGGAGAUAAAAAUACUGAAAAUGGAUUACCUAAAACCAGUACCGUAGCAAGAUCUAAUUCUCUUAGAUCUUCAAGUCCACCCCGACUCAGGAGAGAUUACAGACACAACAGUAAUUUGCCACCAUCCGUACCAGAAGGCCAAGAAAUUCCGUCCAAUGCUAAUCAAAUACAAGGAUAUUCUAAUUUUGGAAAACAACAUAACUACCUUGAUAAGUUGAGACAAAACUCCUCCAAUGUUGUAGGUGGAUUAAAUCCUCAUACACAAAAUAUGAUUCCCAAUCUUCAAAAUCUUAAUCCAAAUAUGCAAUCCUCUCCAAAUUUAACACAUUCUGGAUCAAAUGCUCCCAAUUUAUCUUUAAAUUUUCAAAAUUUGAGUCCUAUCACAACUUUACAGUGUCCUACGCAAAGUCCAAGUACUCCUCAGCUCACAGAUUCUGAAUUUCAUAGAUCAAAUACACAAGUGACUACAGUUUCUGGCCAAUACAAUGGAAAUAUUCAGGUUUCAAAUAUUGAGCCAUCUUCGAGGGACCAACAGAUAACUCAAAAUGCCCUUUUGCAUAAGUUGCAACCGAAAAUAUCGCCUGUAGGAUCUAUUGCUUCGCAACGUCCAUUGAGUCAACUAAGUUCACACAAUGUCAACAAGUAUUCGCAAGUGUAUGGUACACCAGAAAAUUCAACCAUUUUGCAAUCUCAUAUGAAAAAACCUAUUGAAACAUCUCAAUCGAUGCAUAAUUUAUCAAAGCCUAAUAUACCAUCGUCCGGAAGUAGUUCGACUCCGGAUCAAAAUCAAAAUAUGAAAAGUGCUUUAUCCUCAGGAAAUUUAGCAGUUAGUUCAAGUUCGAAUACAUCAAACAAACAAACUGCGGAACAAAGGCUUACUCAUGAACAAUUUCGAGCGGCUUUGCAGAUGGUGGUAAGUAGAGGCGAUCCAAGAGAAAAUUUGGAAAACUUUCUUAAAAUCGGCGAAGGUAGUACUGGAACAGUAUGUAUAGCAACUGAAAGAAAUACCAAUCGGCAAGUAGCGGUAAAAAAAAUGGAUUUAAGAAAACAGCAGAGACGAGAACUGCUUUUCAACGAAGUAGUUAUUAUGAGAGAUUAUCAUCAUCCGAAUAUCGUUGAAAUGUACGACAGUUUUUUGGUAGACGAUGAACUGUGGGUCGUGAUGGAAUAUCUCGAAGGUGGAGCGCUCACGGACAUCGUAACGCAUUCUCGUAUGGAUGAAAGUCAGAUAGCUACGGUGUGUUCUCAGUGUUUAAAGCCACUUGCAUAUUUACAUUCUCAAGGAGUUAUUCAUAGGGAUAUUAAAUCUGACUCUAUAUUACUCACGGCUGAUGGGAGGGUAAAGUUAUCCGAUUUUGGUUUUUGCGCUCAAGUUUCGCAAGAAUUACCGAGGCGAAAAUCUCUAGUUGGCACACCAUAUUGGAUGAGCCCUGAAGUUAUUUCUAGGUUACCAUAUGGACCCGAAGUAGAUAUUUGGUCGCUAGGUAUUAUGAUUAUCGAGAUGGUCGAUGGGGAGCCACCGUUUUUUAACGAACCUCCUUUACAAGCUAUGCGACGUAUAAGAGAUAUGCCCCCGCCAAAACUGAAAAAUUCUCACAAAGUCAGUCCACGCCUUCAAGGCUUUCUCGAGAGAAUGCUCGUUCGAGAUCCAGCGCAAAGAGCCACCGCAACAGAAUUAUUACAACAUCCGUUCCUCAGGCAGGCUCAGAGUCCAAGUAUUCUAAUUCCAUUGAUGAGAGGAUCCAGGCAUACGAAUUGCUGACGAAUCGAUGCAAAGAAUUAACACGGACAUUGGUUACAAAAGUAAUCGUGUCUACGAUCGUUUUUAAUUUGUUAUUAGGCGUUAAACUUUAAAAGUAGAUACGACUUAGAAAGAUUUAAAUGGCCUUUAGUCGCUAGACAAACUUACAUUCCACCGCGGCCUUAACUUAGAGGCGUUAGAUCGUCAACUUAUAAAAUGCCUUAUCUACUGAGAUAAGCAUUAUCGUUAUAGAAGAUAUUUUUUAUAUCGAAUUAUUUAACAAAAUAUUGUACGCUCAAGUGCCUUCGUAAUUAGCAUCGUUUCCCGUUUUCCAUUAUAAGUUUAAGUUCGUUAUUUAAAUAUCGACUUUGCUGUUCGUUAUCUGUGAAGUUAUUUACGAGAUGAAUAUUUGACGAAAAUUUUGUUGGGCGUCAAUUGAAACAAUGAAGUGAUUUAACUGACCGAUCGAAUAAAAAUAUACUCGUAAACGCUGCUAUUACGCGUGUACUUAAGGUAACGAUCGAAUAGUCAUAUUUAAUUCAGAUAGCGUGUGACGCGACUUCGAGCACCAAAAGACAGAAAUAAUUAGUGUCUAAUGAGAGUACAAUGCCUAAAUUGAUUUUGUACGAUUACUAAUUUUAAACAAAUUAAUAAUUAUAUGUAACAUUUGGUGCACGUUAUCAUACUAACGAAUUGUGACGAAGUGGUUCAAAUUAUUCGACAAGUAUUGAAUCUCUCUUCGAGCGUGUUUAAUUCAGUAUUUUUUAUCUAGUGCCGUCAAUGAAGAGACAUUUGAAGAUUGAACGUACGAUAAACUCAAAUUAGCGUUAAAAACAUAGAACUUGGUACGAAGUUGUUAAAAGUUCGAAGUUGAAGUUGUUAUUUUAACUGCGCUAGUUCACAGACUUACGAGUUUAAGCGUUUUACAUAAUAAUUAACGAAAAGUUUCGGGCUGUAGUCGUAUUAUUAAAAUAUUUUAAGAUUACUCACAUUGAGAUCCAAUGCCAUUUAUCUUGAUCGAAGAAAAGUUCAAAGUACAAUACGGACAAAAGUAAUCGAUCAGGCAAACGAUUUAUACAUAUAUAAAUGAUAAUUAUUUACAAAAUGUAGAUAUUGAAUAUCGUUGUGCGGAUAAGAUGUAUGUAUACAAAUUUUCGUGAUAUGACGCGAAUCACGUAGCUACGCAUACCUGCCAUUCGUAAACUGUUUAAGCAACAAAAUUCAUCAAAUCAUCGUACUUCUAUUUAUGUGCAAAAUAAAAUGUUUUGAAGUGCUUUGCCAUAUAAUUAAGUAACGAACAUAGUAAAAUAACGUUUAUCCGAUAUAAUAAUAAAACAAGUCAUCCACAUUAAUCAGGUUUCGAGGAGAAGGAUUAAAUGACUUGGCAAAAUGAAACGUCAGAACGUAGAAUAAAAGAGAAAAAUUUAUUCCCGAUAAUUUAUUACACCGAUAAUACAUUUGUACAAAAGUACCGCGUAAGAUACAAUAAAAGAAAAAGCGAAGUCUAUCACUUUCCGUUUUACGAUAAGUAAUUGCAGAAUAUUAGAGUUGAAAUUUAUUAUACGCGAGUAAUCGUUUAAAUAGCUUUUAAAAUUUGCAUACAACUAAAAUACAUGGCGGAUAAUAGCUUUUUUUUCUACAGUAUCGCACGUUUGUAGAUCACAUAAAAUAUUAAAUGUAUUAAACCAUCAAUCGUACAAAUCGUAUAUCGCCUUAACGAUACGUUUCAAUUUUUUCUAAGAAUCUAUGCGUUACUUUCACGAUUGUUUUUACAUAGUUUAAGGUAUCGAAACAUAUCGUCUUGCGUCCAUUGAGUCAACGACUUCGUCUAUAUUUAAAUCCGGUACAUUUUCACUGAUAUAUGUGUGUUGACAUAGAAUUAAAAGAGAUUUUCGGACAGCAUUUAAAUAUACAAUGGCGAAUAAUUUGCUUUUAAACAUAAUUAUUUAUGCAUACCUAUCGUUCAAAUGUUAAAAAAAUGGAAAACAAAAAUUCUUUAAUACGAUGAAAGGAUAAUAAAUGGGCGGAAUUUCAAAGAUGCAUUUCGUUAAUAACUUUUUUUUUACUUGACAAAACGGUAAAAUAAUAAUGUUAAUUGGCCGAUACUUUUUCUUCAGAGAUUACACGAGGACAAAGGUUUUAGCAAUAAUUUCGUGCCAAGUCCAAAUUAUGAACGUUAUGUCACGUGUAAUGACGUUCGUUAUCUUUGUGUGUUCGAUUGAACGUUGUAACACGUGACAUUGAACGUAACAUCUAAUUUGAUAAUUUGCAAGUAAGAUACACUUAAAUUUUAAGAAUGUAAAAGAUCGAUAUCGACCGUCGGGUAUAAAUGUAAAAUCGAUUCGUCUUAGCUGUUAAUCGCGAGAGGCGCUGAUAUAAACCCGGUAACUUACAUAGUGAAUGUAGGAUAGGAAAGAAAGGCAUUUUAAAAUACCGCCAUCUGAUUGGUGAACCGCGUCGAGCCUCCGUUUUACCGAAACGAUCUUCGUUCAUAUCAUGCCCCUGUUGCGCUUCGUCAGUGGCGCCGUUGAUGUUUCUCAAUCGAUUUCAGCGAUACAUUUUCAUUAAUUACAUCAGCAAAAAAUUUUAUCGCCUGAUUCACCUUUGAAACAUUUAUACCUGUUCGUAGAAACACUAAGAAUUUUUCUUGAAUAAUACGUACAUACACGGAAUUCUUUGUCGCAUCGAAUGCUAUUUCUAUAAUGCUAUGUUUUCGUAAAAAAACUUAUAACCUUACAUAAAACGAAACUAAAUUUAGUUACUUUCAAAAUCCUACACAAAACAUUGAAAAGUAAAAAAGAUUACAUAUUGGAAUUUACGUCAAGAGAACAUACGUGCGUCUCGGUAUGCGACUACGUGGCUGGCAUAAUAAAUUUCAUUCUGAAAAUAUGUGCGUACGUGGCAUCACUCUGAUUGCAUCAUAUAGAGAAACAAAACAUUUCUAUAGAGAUUAGAAAGGGGUACGAUUAUCUGAUAUGGAAUAUGCAUCGAAUAAAUGGCACUUGUAUAGAACAAGUUACAGAUAAUCUACAGUUUUAUUAAUCUAUAUUUACUUCACAUAGUCUAUUACAGAAAAAGAACCAAUGAAAUGGAGUUUCACGGGGGCUCGACUCGGAUUGACCUCGACGGCUGGUGUGUUCGCCUUUCCAGAGAAGCAUGACGGACAAAUUCGCGUGCCAUUACGUCACUCCAUAUCGAUACCUAACUGUUUUCGUUUCUCCGUGUACAUUACGAUGUACGUACACGCGUAUGUGUGUCGAGAUACGAUGAACUGCAACACGUGUGUAAUAACAGAUUUCACCGAAAAUUCCUAAUAAUCGCGGUAUUAAAUCGAUGAAACGCUGUUACUUUCAAUAGUUAUCUUUAUUUAACUCGAUCCCCACCGUUUCGUGUGCCUUUCAUCAUCUAAUAACAGAGAAACGCUCUAAAACGUUCUCUGUAUCGCCAAUGGAAAAUUUUGCUUCGUCGUUUCCGCUCGUUUAGUAUUGGUCACGUAAAAGAUUAGCUCCGAAAUUAACACCGGCUAAAAAUCACUUUAAAUAACAAGGAACACAUUCAUCCAAUGAACGACUUCUGUGAAACAAAUUUAACCGAAAUUAUUUUUAGUUCUUCGUUCGGAAGGGGCAAAUUUUUAAGUUAUACAAAAGAAACAACAAUAUCGAAUCGCACAAAAAUAUGACAUGAAAUUUGAACGUACUUAAACGACUAGAAGUUUCGUUUCGAACUCACGCAUCGUUUGGAUAUCAAUAAAGUUUAUUUAUAUUUUUUUUGUUAUACAAAUUUUCAUCACUAGAAGUUAUAAAAAAUGAAAUAGUAAAAGAAAGCGAGAAAGAAAAAAAGGAAAGGAGGAAGAAAUAUGCACGAUGGUAGGACCAAGGGGAAAGGAGGUAUCGCUAAGCGUAUACAGUGUUCGGUAUAUAGUACAUAUAACAGUGUAUACGGGCGUUUCGUACAGAGUCGAGGGACGAAGAAAGAGCGAGAACGGAGGAAGAUAGCGACAUAGCAGAAAGAUAGAACGUAGAGAAGGAG